GCGCCGCCCGCGCGCGCGCGGUACGUCGGCGCCGCAAAGCGCGGCGGGAAGAUGGCGGCGGUGACGGUGCGGGCGGGCGCGGCGGCGCCCUGGGCCGGGGCCGGGGCCGGGGCCGGGGCCUGGGCCGGGCCGGGCCCCGCGGCUCUGCACCGCGACUGGACCGCGGAGCCCGUCAGCACCGGCACCACCAUCAUAGCCGUGGAGUUCGACGGAGGCGUCGUCAUCGGGGCCGACUCGCGGACCACCACGGGGUCGUACGUGGCCAACCGGGUGACGGACAAGCUGACGCCCAUCCACGACCGCAUCUUCUGCUGCCGCUCGGGCUCCGCCGCCGACACCCAGGCCGUGGCCGACGCCGUGGCCUAUCAGCUGGCCUUCCACAGCAUCGAGCUGGAGGAGCCGCCGCUGGUGCGCACGGCCGCCAGCCUCUUCCGGCAGAGCUGCUACCGCUACCGCGAGGAGCUCAGCGCCGGCAUCAUCGUCGCCGGCUGGGACCGUCGCCGCGGCGGCCAGGUGUACGCGGUGCCGCUGGGGGGGCUGCUGGCGCGGCAGCCCUUCUCGGUGGGCGGCUCGGGCAGCUCCUACGUCUACGGCUUCGUCGACGCCGCCUUCCGCCCCGGCAUGAGCCAGGCCCAGUGCGAGGAGUUCGCCGCCCGCGCGCUGGCGCUGGCCAUGGCGCGGGACGGCUCGAGCGGCGGCGUGGUGCGGCUGGCGGCGGUGACGGAGCGCGGCGUGGAGCGGCGCGUGCUGGCGGGGCCUGACCUGCCGGGGGGGGACGGCGGCCCCCCGCCCUGAGCGGGGGCUCGUUAACGGGGGGGGGGGGUGAGAUUAACCCCCCCCCGGCUGCUGCUGAGCAGGGCAAUAAACGCACUGACCCCC